AUAGUUUUAACCUUUUUUUAAAAAAACAAUUUAUUAUUGCUUUUCAUUUGUCGAUUUAUUUCCAAUGUAAUUACAUCCAUCGAUUUCAUCAUUAAUUUUAUGUGAUUUUUGUUGUCGCAUCACUGAAAUAAAAUCAAUUUUUUUUGGAUCAAUUAUUCCACGAACUAUUUCGAUCAUUUCGAACGCAUCAUCUUGACCAGCUAUGGCAUUGAAUAUUGAUGAUGAUAAUGAUAUUCCGCCUUCUACUCCACCACCACCACCACCACCACCAUCAACAAAUCGACGAACCGAAUCAAUAUCAUCAUUCAAAUCAAUCGAUUUAAAUGAUAAUAAUCAAGAUAUGAAUGAAAAUUAUUAUUCAAAUAAUCAACAUAAAAAUACCAUACAACUUGAUAGCAAUCUUGAUCCACCCAAAAUUGUCAAUGAAAAUGGAAAAAAUGAUGAUGAAAAAACCAAUAAAAAUGCUGAUGAACCGACAUCGAUUUCAUUUUUUAAAUUGUUUCGUUAUGCAACAACUUUGGAUAAAAUAUUCAUAUGUUUUGGAAUAUUUUUCGCUUUAUGUUUGGGUCUAGGAUUUCCAUCAAUUAUUAUAGUUAUGGGAAAAUUAACUAAUAUAUUUAUUGAAUAUGAUAUAUUUCAUCAAUUUGCAACGAAUAAACCACCUUUUUGUUAUGAAUUUUAUGAAGAAAACUUAAAAGAUAUUACCGAUGUUGAUUUGUUUUAUAAUAUUACUGCUAGCUUCUAUAAUAGUUUAACUAAUACAAGUGAUUUUGAUCAACUUCGUUCAAGAACCGGACUUAGUGUUGAACAUAUUGUCAAUAUAUUUAAUGAUUCAGUAUUUCAUAAUGGUACAUUAUAUGUUGAUGAUUUUCGUACAAAUUCUGGUAAUUAUGCACUGUAUAUGGCAUUGAUUGCAAUGGGUUUUGGUAUUCUUGAUUAUUUUGCACUUGGUCUUUGGGAACAAGCUGCACGUAAUCAAGUUUAUCGAAUUAAAUUAUUAUUCUUUCGAUCAAUAAUACAUCAAGAUAUUUCAUGGUUUGAUACAAAAGCAUCCGGUGAUUUUGCAUCAAAAUUAACCAAUGAUUUAAAUCUGGUGCAACAAGGAAUGGGUGAUAAAGUUGCCUUAACAAUUAUGUCUUUUUCAACUUUACUUUUUUCGAUUGGCAUUGCAUUUUAUCAUGGUUGGGAAUUGACAUUGGUCACAAUGUCUAUUAUGCCUGUACUUGGUAUUGCUUUUGCUGCUAUUGGUAAGGUUCAAGUAAGAUUUGCAGCUAGCGAAUCGAAUGCAUACGGUAAAGCCGGUGCUAUAGCCGAAGAAGUUAUCAAUCUAAUCAGAACUGUUUAUGCAUUUGGUGGACAAAAAAAAGAAAUUGAACGUUAUGACAAAAACAUUGAACCUGCUCGUCGUAAUGGAAUUCGUCGCAGUAUGUUCACUGGUAUUAGUCUGGGUAUUAUGUAUUUUGCCAUUUAUUCAUCGUAUGGUUUAUCGUUUUGGUAUGGUGCACGUUUGAUUGUAAGAUCUAUUAAAAAUCAUGAAACGCCACCAAAAUAUCAGGCUAGCAAUAUGAUGAUCGUUUUUUUCAACGUAUUGAUGGGUGCAUUCAGUCUUGGACAAACAUCUCCUUAUUUUGAAGCUAUUGGUCGAGCUUGUGGUGCUGCUGGUAAUAUUUUUAAAAUCAUUCAACAAAAACCGAAAAUCGAUUCACUAUCACAGUUGGGCAAACGAAUACAAAUUCGUGGUCAAAUUCAAUUUAGAAAUGUUCAUUUUGAAUAUCCGUCCCGUCCAGGAGUUCCCAUCUUAAAUGGCUUAAAUUUGGAUGCUGAACCUGGUCAAACUAUAGCAAUUUGUGGUUCAAGUGGUGGUGGUAAAAGUACAAUCAUUCAAUUGAUUCAACGUUUCUAUGAUACUAGCAAAGGACAAGUUUUGAUUGAUGGACAUGAUAUCAAAGAAUUAAAUGUCGGUUCAUUACGUGAUCAAAUCGGUGUCGUUGGACAAGAACCAGUUUUGUUUGGAUAUUCUAUUGAAAAAAAUAUUGCAUUUGGCCAUCCGGAAGCAAAUUUCGAAGAAGUAGUUCAAGCUGCCAAGGAAGCCAAUGCUUUUGAUUUUAUUCAGAAUUUACCCGAAAAAUUCAAUACAUUGGUUGGUGAACGAGGUGCACAGUUAUCUGGUGGACAAAAACAACGUAUUGCCAUAGCACGAGCAUUAAUUCGAAGACCAAAAAUUCUGUUGCUUGAUGAAUCGACUUCUGCAUUAGAUUCGGAAAGUGAAAAAAUUGUUCAAGCAGCUUUGGAUCAUGCUAGUAUUGGUCGUACAACAUUUAUAGUAGCUCAUCGUUUGUCAACAAUUCGUAAUGCUGAUAAAAUCAUUGUUCUUGAUCAAGGACGAGUCAAAGAAUUUGGUACUCAUCAAGAAUUGAUCGAUGCAAAAGGUUUGUAUUACACUAUGGCUAAAUUACAAAAUCAAGAUGAAGAACAAGAACAACUACAAUCAAAAGAUUUAAUCCGAAAACGAUCCAUCGCAUAUGUCGAAAGAACCAAAUCUAUUGAUACCGUGCAGACAUCGAAUUUGAGCGCACAUGAUCCAAAUAAUGAUGAAAAACCUCUUGAAGAAGAAAGUUUACCAAUUCGACGAUUGAUUCGUUCGGUAAUGCCCGAUCGUUACUUAUUGAUUUCAGCCACAUUAUUUUCAUUUAUAGUUGGUCUCAGUAUACCGAUUUUUUCAUUCAUUUUUGGUGAAGUUCUUGGUAUAUUGGCUAAUCCGGAUCCCGAUUAUAUAUUGGAUGAAGUAUUGAAAUAUGCUCUGAUUUUUUUGGCUAUGGGUAUUAUUUCUGGUAUAUUGCAAUUUUUUCAAUCAUAUUUAUAUGGAAUGAGUUCAGAAAAUCUAACAUAUCGUAUGCGUAACGACGUAUUCCGUGCUAUUCUUUCGCAAGAAGUUGCCUGGUUUGAUCGACCGGAAAAUAGUACCGGAGCUCUUUGUGCUCGACUUUCGAAUGAUACAUCCGCUAUACAAGGUGCAACUGGUUCACGGCUUUCGGUAAUGGCUCAAACUGUUUCGAUAUUAACAGCUGGAAUUAUCCUUUCGAUGUUUUAUUGUUGGAAACUAAGUUUAGUCAUGUUAUGUUUCGUACCGGUCAUAUUGCUUUCGGUAUAUUUUCAAAUGAGAAUCAUAAUGGGAAUGAACAUAUCCAAACGUGUUGUGUCUGAAGAAGCAACCAAAAUUGCUGUCGAAGCCAUUUCCAAUAUUCGAACUGUAGCAUCUCUGCAUUUAGAAUUAACAUUUUGGAUCAAUUAUCAAACUGCAUUGGAUGUUGAUUUUCGAAAAUCUCGUCUCGAACCUCAUAUCAAAAGUUUUACAUUUGGUUUCACACAAAUGUCAUUUAAUGUUGCAUACGCUGUUGCUCUUUUUUACGGAAGUCGAUUAAUCAUCAGCAAUGAGCUUACUUAUUCCCAACUUUUCAAAAGUACUGAAGCCGUUCUAUUUGGUACAAAUAUGAUUGGACAAUCUGUGGCUUUUUCAUCGGAUUAUCAGAAAGGUAAAUUAGCCGCCGUCGCUAUAUUCCGGUUACUUGAUCGUAUACCGACAAUCAUGGUAAAUUCGAUUUUCGGUGAUAAACCCAAUGAAUGUCAUGGAGAGAUGAAAUUCAAAGACGUUGAAUUCCGUUAUCCAACUCGUCCUCAAGUUCGUGUACUGAAAGGAAUUUCAUUCGAAGUUGAUAAAGGUCAAACAAUAGCAUUGGUUGGUGAAUCUGGUUGUGGUAAAAGUACCUGUACACAAAUAUUGGAACGAUUCUAUGAUUAUGAACAAGGAGAAGUGUUUGUAGAUAAUCACAAUAUUCAUCAAUUGAAUAUUGCAUGGCUACGAUCACAGAUUGGUAUUGUUUCACAGGAACCAAUGUUAUUUGACAAAACAAUUGCCGAAAAUAUUGCCUAUGGUGAUAAUUCUCGCCAAGUUGAACAUUCGGAAAUUGUUCGUGCUUCACAGAAUGCAUAUAUUCAUGAUUUUAUCAAAUCAUUACCAAAAGGUUAUGAUACAUCGGUUGGCGAUAAAGGUGCCCAAUUAAGUGGUGGACAAAAACAACGAAUAGCUAUAGCACGUGCAUUAGUACGUAAUCCAAAAAUAUUAUUACUUGAUGAAGCAACAAGUGCAUUAGAUUCGGAAAGUGAAAAAGCUGUACAAAAAGCAUUGGAUGAAGCAAGAAAAGGUCGUACUUGUUUAGUUAUUGCUCAUCGAUUAUCAACAAUUCGUGAUGUUGAUAAAAUUAUGGUCAUACAGAAUGGCCGUAUUGCUGAACAAGGUACACAUGAACAAUUAAUUGAACGAAGAGGAAUCUAUUAUCAAAUGUAUACGGCUCAAUGUAGCCAUUAAUCAUAUUUUGUUUAUUUUAAUCAUUUUAUUUGUCUUUCUGUUAUCAUUUUUUUAACAUUAUUUAUCUAUUUUUUUUUGUUGUUGCAAAA